UUGUAGCAGGGUGAGGUUAUGUUAGUUCUGCGUGAAAGUUUCUUCGGGUAGAGAGUAGGUUCCUUUGCUCCAAGUUGCAUUUAAAUGCAGAGAGCGAUGUUAGAAUGUAUUUAAUGUCGAUUGCAGAUAUUAGAACUUGAAAUUGAGGCAAGAAAACACUAAAAAUCAUGGAUCCUGCGUUGCUGAGAGAGCGAGAGCUCUUUAAAAAGAGAGCUUUAACCACUCCGGCUGUCGAGAAGAAAAAAAGGGAGCCGGAGAAAGAUUCUAGUCGUGAUGAGCCAGCAAAGAAGAAGCCGAAGGUGUCUUCGGCUUCCUCGGCGCCGAAGCUGGACAUUGUCAACUACAAGACGAUGAGUGGCAGCUCUCAGUAUAAAUUUGGAGUUCUGGCAAAGAUCGUGAAGCACAUGAAAGCUAGGCAUCAGGACGGGGAUGAUCAUCCUUUGUCGUUGGAUGAAAUUCUGGACGAGACUAAUCAAUUAGAUGUCGGAUCCAAGGUAAAGCAAUGGCUGCUGACGGAGGCACUUCGGAAAAACCCAAAAAUUGAAGUGACACCUGAUUCGAGGUUUUCUUUUAAAGCUAUGUAUAAAAUAAAAGAUAAGAAAUCGUUGUUAAGGUUACUUAAACAACAAGACCUGAAAGGUCUUGGAGGGAUUUUAUUAGAAGACAUACAAGAAAGCCUGCCCCACUGUGAUAAGCACCUGAAGAGUUUGCAGAACGAAAUACUCUUCAUAACAAGACCUCUUGAUAAGAAAAAAAUAGUUUUUUACAAUGAUAAAACAGCACAGUUCCCGGUAGAUGAGGAAUUCCAAAAACUAUGGCGAGCUGUUGCUGUCGAUGCCAUGGAUGACCAAAAGAUAGACGAAUACCUUGAAAAACAGGGUAUACGAUCCAUGCAGGAUCAUGGUCCGAAAAAGCCAGCACCAGCUAAGAGGAAAAAGCCAGUCAACAAACGAAAGCAGUUUAAGAGGCCAAGGGACAACGAACAUUUAGCACAUGUUUUGGAGACAUACGACGAUACUAAAUAAAUUAACGUAAUUGCGAUGUAUAUUAUUAAUAACUUUCAACACUUUACUAAUUAUUGUGUCUGCCAGAAUAACGAAACGAAAACCUGAUGACUGUAAGGGGAAAAAUAUACUAUAUCUAUUUUUUAUAGAAAAUGAAUCAACAGUAUUAUACGCAUUCUUGGUUAAAGCAUUCCAUUUACAAAUUUCUAUGAUAUUACUCUGUUUAGUAUUUAAGGGUGAUAUUACUCACCUUAACUGCAUCGAUAAAUUAUAUGAUAAUUCUUCUAACUACUUAAAAAAGAAUGAAAUUUCGGGUUCGUAAGAAAAUGUAUCAAACCUUAACACUUUAUACACUUAGGGUAACAAAUGAGUCCUAGGUUUAUAUUCACUUUAUCAUUGUCAGUACAAAAUAAAUAUCCUUUAAUUAUGUUAAA